AUGCUGAAAGGUUUGGCAUUUGGAAGUACAGUUACACGUGUGGCCAUCGCACACUCUGUGGUUAGACCGUUGACAACGACUGUCCCUAGGUGGUCAGGGCACAAUAAAUGGUCUACCAUUAAGCAUGACAAGAUGAAAAACGAUUCUGCCAAGAACAAGGUGAUAAACAAGUAUGUGAACCAGAUUAUGGUAGCAAUUAAAUUGAAGGAUACUCGACUGCAGGCAAUAAUUGACACCGCAAUGAAGGGUAAUGUACCUAAGAAAGUAAUAGAUAAUGCUAUCAAGAAGGCCUCUGGAGCUGGAGCCACGGAAGGUGCUAUAAAUAUCUAUGAAGGUAUGGGUCCCGGCGGCGUUGCUCUGAUUAUAGAGACACAGACCGAUAACAAGAACAGGACCGUGGCCUUGGUCAGAAGCCAUUUCACAAAAUCAAAUCUGAAUUUGUUGUCAAUGGGCUCGUCGAUGCAUUACUUCGAUAAAGUAGGACACAUUGUGGUGACGUACCCACAACCUGAGGGAAGUGAACCGGUGGAUGAAGGCACCAUUUUUGAUAAGAUCAUCGAAGUUGAAGGCGUGGAGGAUUUCGAAAAGAUUGAAGCACCUGAAGAUGAGUCUGCUACCGGACCUGAAUAUAUAAUUCUCACAGAACCUUCAAUGACCAAUAAAGUGGCUAAAGAAUUGCAAGAUUCUUAUGGCUUCGAAGUGACAGAGGCAAACAUUGGCUACCAACCUAAAUCCGAAAUGCAAGUAGACCUCUCACAGAACGAAGAUAUCAGAAACGCAUUCAACAGGUUCAUCGAUGGUCUCCGGGAGAUCGACGACGUCACAGAAGUAUACUCCAACGAAACACAGUAA